UCUCCUCAUCCUCUAAACUCUCUCAUCUGUCAGCAGUAACGUCACUUUUCAAGUUCCAACAUCAUCUCAGUACAUAUUGACAACAUGCUGGGGUCCCUCUGCACUCUCAUCACUGCUCUAACAUGUGUGAGUGGUGUGACGGUGGUGACACAGAAGCCUCCUUUAGUGACGGUGAGGAAAGGAGAGACAGCCACCAUGGACUGUAACCUGGGGACUGUUACUGAAAGUAGUGCCCGGUGGUACAGACAGAUCCCAGGAGAAGUUCCUCUCUAUAUGCUGAGAUUUUAUCAUAGUUAUAGUUCACCCAAAUAUGAAACUGGGUUCCCGUCUUCAAGACACACAGCAACUCAUCAGUCAACAUCAGAUUAUCGUUUGAUCAUCAACAAUGUAGAAGAAGGAGAUUCUGCAGUUUAUUACUGUCAAACAUGGGAUGACUCUGUGAAUGAGGUCAUAUCACAGUGGGUAUUCGGACAAGGAACCAAGCUGAUUGUAACAGGCUCCAGCCUCCCUCCUCCUGUCCUGACUGUCUUCCCUCCAUCCAGUGUUGAGCUCCAGUCCAACAAAGCCACUCUGCUCUGUCUGUCCAGUCAGUCUGGACCCUUUGCAGAUGUGAGCUGGCUGGUUGGUGGGAGUCCAGUGACCAGUGGGGUCUCUACCAGCACGGCUGUUCAGAGACCAGACCAGACUUUCCACAUCAGCAGUUCUCUGUCCAUCCAGACAUCAGACUGGAACAUGAAUAAGGUUUACACCUGUAAAGUGUCUUUGGGCUCCCAGACUGCAGAGAAAACCAUCAACAAGUCAGGAUGUCCUGGUGAAGAAUAGCAGAGGACCACAACCAUCAUUUAUAAUCUGCUUCUGUGCUGCUGUUUGUGUUUGUUUUUUUCUAAUCAAGUUUAGAUAUAAUAUUGCAAACAUGAAUCUGUCUGUUUGUGAUUUAUUUUGUGAAAUAUUGCUUUGCAUUUCAUUAAUAAAAGAUAACUAAAAAAUAAAA